AUGUCCAGAAUCUUCAAUAUCAAGAAGUCAAAGGGCAGCAAAGCCAUACCCUUAGAAGCACCCCGUCAGGUCUUCCUCCUCAUUUGGCCAGCUCUUCCCCACCACUGGGGUAUCUUCCUUCCCGAUCGUUAUUCUACCUCAUCAUCGGGGAAAAUAUGGCAUGUGCGCGUUAUGGACAUGAAGGUCAAACAGCAUGAACACCGCAGCAAACAUCCUUCAAAACUGCUGAAGCUACUAUCACCCUGCACCGAAAAAGGCGUCGACAUCCUCAAGGAAAACCACAUUCUCAAGAGCGAGAAGUGCAAGAUCAUCAAAAUCGAAGACACUUUCGCGACUGAAAGUACGAUUGAUUCGAUCGUGAAGAAGAUCGAGCCGACGUUUCACUACGAGGCUGUGCAUGAGAAUUGCCAGACUUUUGUCGUGGAAGUGAUGAGGGAACUGGAGUCUCACGGCUUUGCUACGAGAGAGGCUGUUGAUUUUGUGAGGAGGCAGAGCCUGGCGAGUGUGCGUGUUGCGGCUUGGAACCGAGAGAGGCGCCACCCACUACCAGAUGUGGCACUCAACAAUCUUGGCGCAAGGGCGCCGAGGGUCGAUUGGUCGUCUACAACUAGUGCCAAUGAAACUCCGAGGGCAUCAGACCAUUCAAGCUCAGGCGCGUCCACACGUUCAGGUUCAGACACGCAGAGGAAGAUCGCAGAGAUAAAUCGAGCGAAGGAGGAAAGGAGACAGACUACCAGACAAGUACGCUACGGCGUAAAUUCGCAACCUCGACAAGCUAGACUCGCAGACUCAGCAAGAGGAACUCCACAUCGGAGUCAUGUUAGGGAGGUUGCUUCAUACGGAACAGAAUUCGAGAUGCCGGGUUCCUGGGUCGAAUGA